GCAUCCAAAAAAAUAUCGAAAGGGAACAUUUGCCAACUGACAGAGUGACGCAUCAACUAUUUUUAUCUGCCGUCCACUCCUAUGCCGGAGUUUGGUGAAAAGAGCUAAGCGAAUCAAUCCGCUCCAGCAGGAAAGGGUUCCAUCUCGCACCCUGUUCACCAUCCAGCAGCUCCGAAGGUAUGGGAUCGCCGGCGGCGGAUGAGGAUCUCCCCCAGGUCCUAAUAAUUAGGAACCCGCCCGCGUUCACCAUCGACGGAGAAGAGCAGUUCACUUCCCCCAAGUUCCGGUUCUUGAAGGCCUUCGAAUCCACCCUCCCGCCGCACGAUUUCUUAGCAGCCCGCGCUCGGUCCGUACGGGCGAUGCUCGCCUCUGGCGGCGCCGUGGUGGACGCCAGGGUCCUCCAAUUUUUACCGGAGUUGCGCCUCAUCGUCACCACCACCGCCGGGCUCAACCAGCUCGACUUGCCCGAGUGCCGCCGCCGUGGGAUCAGGAUCGCCAACGCGGGGGAUGUGUAUUCCGCCGACGUCGCCGAUUGCGCCGUCGGAUUGUUGAUUGAUGUGCUGAGGAAGAUCUCCGCUAGCAAUCGCUACGUCAAGCAAGGGUUCUGGGCCUCCAAAGGAGACUAUCCCCUUGGUUCCAAGCAGCUCCGAGGCAAGCGGAUUGGAAUAGUGGGACUGGGUCGAAUCGGGUACCAGGUUGCCAAAAGACUCGAGGCAUUCGGCUGCAGCAUUGCAUACAACUCCAGGAAGGCAAAGCCUGGGGUUUCAUACCCUUUUUACCAGACUGUCCAAGAGCUGGCUGCAAAAAGCGACGCUCUGGUACUCUGCUGCGGAUUGACAGAGCAAACCCGUCACUUGAUCAACAAGGAGGUGCUGGCUGCGCUGGGGAAAGACGGUGUGAUCGUCAACAUUGCUCGGGGCGGGGUGAUCGACGAGAAGGAAAUGGUCAGGUGUCUGAUGGAAGGAGAGAUAGCGGGUGCAGGACUGGAUGUGUUUGAGAACGAGCCAGAUGCUCCUAAAGAGCUGAUGGAGCUGGACAAUGUGGUGAUGAGCCCUCACUGUGCUGUUUUCACUAGGGAAUCGUUGCUGGACGUGGCCCGGCUUGUUGUGGGGAAUCUGGAAGCUUUCUUCUCGAACGAACCGCUGCUGUCUGAGUACGAGGAUGACUGAUCAGCUUCCCUGCUGCACUUUGAGGUUGGUUGGUUGGUUGGUUGUGUACCUGAGACAUACAAAGCUGCUGUUUGUUGCUUUACUGUGUAGAGUAUUGUGGUGGGUUUUAAGAAGUUGAGUCAUUUAGAUGGCUUAACAGCUAGGUUGUGUUUAGUUAGCAGCAGAGGUCAAGGCAUUUAAUAGUGCUGCUGUUGUUCCUGGGAAAUGAGGCAAGUGGUUAGAAGUGGGAGUUGACGAGUUGUAUUUGGCAGAUUGUAUUUAAGCUUGCUUUGAUAAUUCAAUAAGAUUUGUCAGGUUGUAUCAUUAGGGUUCUGCAUUGUGGGUUUAGAAGAGUCUUCUUGCAAACGGUAACGAGGUUUUGAUUG